UGCAUAUUUGAGCCCCACCUACUAAAGUUUCCUGUAGAACGUUAUAAACUAUAUACCGUACAAAGCUGUUCAGUCACUUUUACAAUAGCUGCAUCCUGAGAUCAACAUCAAGAAAUCUCCUACUACGCAGCUUGGACCUGAAUGAUGUGGGCUGAAGAUGACUUCACUCUUCCAUAUGGGGUGGUGCGUCUGGUUGAACCCAAACCAGUGGAUAACCAAAAGUACCUAAUGUACCACGGCACUUCUAGGCAGGCCGCAAUGCAAAUCCUAGCCUCUGGUUUCCAUCCGUCGUGUGACGGCAUGCUGGGGCCUGGUGUCUAUCUUAGCAGAGACCUGGAUAAAGCCAGCAGAUAUCCCCUGGAACUUCCAGAACACCAGAGAGUCGUUAUCAGAGUCAUGGUAAAUGUUGGGAGAGUGAAAACAAUCACCUGCAAAGGAGGUUGGCAGAAGACGUGGCACAACUAUGGUUACGACACGGCCUGGGUCCCUCCUAACUGUGGAAUGGUCCCCAGUGGGCUGGAAGAGAACUGCAUCUGGGACCCCAAACGCAUCACUGUCAAAGAUACUAUCCAACCAAAACUGGGGCGUCUGGUUGAACCCAAACCAGUAGAUAACCAAAAGUACCUAAUGUACCACGGCACUUCUAGGCAGGGCGCAACGCAAAUCCUAGCCUCUGGUUUCCGUCCGUCUAGUGACGGCAUGCUGGGGCCUGGUGUCUAUCUUAGCAGAGACCUGGAUAAAGCCAGCAGAUAUCCCCUGGACCUUCCAGAACACCAGAGAGUCGUUAUCAGAGUCAUGGUAAAUGUUGGGAGAGUGAAAACAAUCACCUGCAAAGGAGGUUGGCAGAAGACGUGGCACGACUAUGGUUACGACUCAGCCUGGGUCCCUCCUAACUGUGGAAUGGUCCCCAGUGGGCUGGAAGAGAACUGCAUCUGGGACCCCAAACGCAUCACUGUCAAAGAUACUAUCCAACCAAAACCCCAACCUUACCUUUAUUCAGGAGCCUGUUGUUAAAGGGUGGAUAAUGUGCAACAAAAUGAAAAGAAUAAUGCAUUGUACAUGUUUCAACAGUAUGACAUGAAUUCUCAUAGAUUUUGAUGAAUAAACUGUUAUUACUGUAA